AUAAAAAUUGAAUCAAUCAAUUAAUACACACACACACACGCACACAAAUUUCUGCACCCCACACCUUGCACCCCCUCCCACAUAUAUAUAUAAACUGCCACAGAAUGAAUGCCCGUUCGCAAGUGUUCGAUCUGACCAUGGAGGGUCGUCAGGUGGAUGAGGCUGUGGCAACCAUAUUCCAUACCGUCCUCUUUCAUCGUUGCCUUGGCAAAUACAUGUAUACAGGCGAUGCUCAAUAUUCAAUCGGCACCGUUGGCUAUACGGAUGUGGAUUGUGAUUUCAUUGAUUUCACCUACGUGUGCUGCACAUCGGAGAGUCUCACCCGUACGGUUAAGCGUGCCAUCAAUAUGUUUAGCGAGAAAUUGCGAUCCAAUGACAGCUGCGGCUCGGGCCAAAUAAGUUUGGAGUUCUUUCAAAAGAAGAAAAAGAGUUGGCCCUUCCAACAGGAAUCGAUACCCUGGGAGGUAUGGACAGUGCACUUGGAUUUGAUUAAGCACGAGAGCGAGGAUGAGCGACAAUUGUGUAGAGAGAAUGUAUCCGAUUUACUUACCGAGAAAGUGAUCUACAUUACCGAGCUAAUGAAUCGACAUGAUUAUGUACCAAAAACCCCAAAUCAAAGUGAAUUGGACUUAAUAUUCGAUACAUCAUUUCCGGAUGUUCAACCGUAUUUAUUUAAAUUCGACUAUUCCACAUCGUCUGGUUCGACAGCCCCAUCCAUGGGUAAUGCCAUGAAAAAAAUCAUCAAAGAAACUCUCGCAAUGUGACGGGACAAUCAUAACAACAGCAGCAGCAACAACAGCAACAACAACAACAACAACACCAAUGAAUGGAUAAUUGGUUAUAUACCCCUGUACGAUUACGCCUAUAAGGCAAUGAAAAUUUUGUGCAAACUAUUAAUCAUUGCGAAUUAGCCACUCUUGAUUUUGAUCCGAUUAGCUAUAGCAUUCAAUUGUUCAUUCGUAGAAGAGGCUUGGCUUUAACCAGAGUAAUUCAAUUUAAAUCGAAUUAGUUUCGUACAUACCUGCACACAUAUACACACUUGUAUAUAAAUAUAUAUCCAUUUUAUCGAUCGCAAACACAGAUCCACCGAAAACUAAACGAUUAACUAAUAUUUAGGCUUAUUAGUUUUGAGAUUAAUUCAAUUAUUUUUUUAGUUUCUCUCAACUAGAAUUGAGAUGUAAUAUUAACAAACUACUAGUUGAAUAAGUUCCAAGCGAUUUAAUAUUAAUAAUAAUUUACAUAUUUAAAAAGUGUUUUCGUUUUCCCUCUAUCCUCGACCAUCAAAUCUACCUAAACGAUUAAUCUGAUAUAAGUAUAAAUUGCUAUAAAUAUCGAUAAAACGGAUAUAUGUUAAAUUACAAUGAUUAAUGCUUUAUAUUGUAUAUGCUUUUCGAUCUCUACGAUUGAGGAUCAAAUUCAAAUUUGCACAAAGUUUUCGU